CUUGACAAAGAGCAAACAUUUAGUGUAUGUGUUUUACAAACUAACUUUCUUUAUCUUAUACUCACCAAUAAAUAAAAUAACUUGGAUGUUUGUUCACGAAUAUUAAUAAAUUUGAAGGUGCAUUUUUCCGGUAAUUAAUAAAAAUACACAGCUUGAAUUUAGCAAAUCAAAAUGGAUAUUAUCGGUGAAAAACCUCCAGAUACAGAUUCCAAACCAGAUAUAAUAUGUAAUACAGAACUAGAAAUAACUAAUUCUACAUUACAAAGUAAUGAAACCAUAGAAAGUACUGGCUUAAAGAUUGAUGAAAUCAAAGAUGAUUUAAAAGAGGAUACUGAAAACAUUCAAAAUAUUCCAUCAGAUAAUGAUAUGGAAAUUGAUUUUGAAUGUUCAAAAAGUGAACUGGAACAAAAUAAUGGGAAUAUACAAGAAAAAAUAGAUGAAAAUAAUAUUGAAAUACUAAUUGAAGAUAGCCAAACAAGUAAUGGCAAAAUGGAGGAAGCUAAAACUAGACAAAACGAUUUAAACGAUGUUAUUGAAAUAGAAUCAGACCAAAAUGAUUCAAAUAAUAAAAGUGAAAUUGAUAGUGAAUCAAAACCAGAGAAUUAUAAUGAAAACGAAUAUAAAAUAGAUCAAACUGGCGACAAAGACAAUUCUACACUUACUGCAGAGAAUGAUACAGUCAAUAUUGAAGAAAAUGAAAAUAUUGUAAAUAUCGAUGAAAAUGAGAGGAAUAAUGUAAAUAUCGGCGAAAAUGAGAGUAAUAUUGAGAACAUGGAUGAAAAUGUGAGUACUAUUGUAAACAUAGACGAAAAUGAGAGCCAUAUUGUAAACAUCGAAGAAAACGAUAAUAAUGUUGUGAAUAUCGAAGAAAAUGAUAGUAACAUUGUAAAUAUCGAAGAUGAUUCAUCCUCACCUGACGACGUUCAAAUAAUUAACAAUGAAGAUAAUACAAAAUCACCAGAACCUGUUGAGCCAACGCCAAAAUCAGAAACACAACAGAUUAACAACAGUAUUAGUGCCAAACAAAAGAUUGAUUCACAAAAUCUUGUCGAUAGUAUCGCAUCCGAAUGGAAUAUGUCUGAUGGUGAAGGUGAUGCAGACUUUCCACCGAAAUCAGCAUCAAGUCCUGCACCAAUAUCUUCUCCAAAAACUAAUGAAAAAUCAUCAGCUGAAAUAAUUGCCAUGGAAUGGGAUGAUGGAAGUGCACCCAAUGAGAAUAUAAAUACUGAAAAUAAAAUUAUUGAAGAAAUCGUUCAAGAUGAUGUCGAAAAGAAGCCUGAUAUACAUGAAGAAAAUAAUCAUUCAGGUGAUCAGGGUGGUGAUUCAACAAAUUCCAUUAUUUGUACAGUUAUUGAAAAUACUGAAGAAAAUACAGAGAAAAAUGAAAACCAAGAAAAUAUUAUAAUUCUUCAUGAUUUAUCGGGUUUGAACUUAAAUAAUCAAAAUAGUGGAAUAACAAUUAUAUCUGUUGAUGAAAAUCCAGAUAUGAAUUCUGCACCAAAUGCAACAAAUGAAAAUUCAUAUGUUAUUCAUGAAUUAAAUAUUGAACCACCUCCUUCCAAUUUAACCCAAUCCACGAACAAUGAUUCAAGCUGUACUCCAACAACAAAAAUUGUGGAGAAACGACGCUCAAAUCGUUCAUCCAAAUAUCCGUAUGUUGUAUGUUCAAAAGAAGACCUUUGUAAGGAAAUCGAACAAUCUAGCCGAAAAUCCACAGAUCUUCCGCCUGGCGGAGAUGUUUUAUUCAAAAAUCAAAUAAUUAAACGAUUAGCGAGUAAAAUCUUACCAAAAUCGUUAAACAAUUCACCAACAGUUUUAAAUAAUGUUGAUAUAAAGCCACCUGUUUUUGAUAAACCUGCAACUCCUACAAAUGUAACAACAGACCAGGAAUUAUUAGACAUCUUAGAAGGUGAUGCCGAUAUUGAUGUUUAUAACUUACAAAAGGCAAAGGAAACACAUCUAGCUGGAGAUGAUUCUAAAAUAUUAAAAGCUGAUGAAAUUUUAACAACAACGUCAUCAGGUACGCCACGGUCAAAACUAAAGAAACUCGAUCCCGAUCUGGAACGUGAAAUUGCAUUACAACAAUUAAGCGAAAUGCCAGAUUUACCGACAACAAAUAAACGUAAAGGUAAAAAUAACAAUGUGGUUCUCACGAAUGUUCCAUCAACAAAAAUAAUUGAAAAAACUGAAAAUCCAGUUGAAGGAGGGGAUCCAUUUAAAUUUGUUGAAAAUACAAAAACUGUUGGUACACCAAAUAAAUAUGGCGCAACUGUAGCGUCAGUGAAAACGUACAGUCGAAAGGGUGCCCCACUAGUUGAGCCAAGUUUAAAAGAUAUUGUAAUACCAAAGGAAUUAGAACAACAUAUAGAUUUUAAUAAGCAAUUAUCACCGAAACGGCGAAAAUAUAAUCGAAAAUCUACGUCUGAAACUCCAAAACCGGUUAAAUCAACAAGUAAAAAAACAAAGAAAGUUGAAUCUGCUAAUAAGAAGAAUGCUAAAAAGGCAGAGAAGAAUGAAAAAGAAGAAAAUUAUAAAGCAGAUGAAAAUGAUAAAGCAGAUGAGAAUGAUAAAGCAGAUGAAAAUGAUAAAGAAGAUAAUAAUGUUAAAGAAGAUAAAAAUGAUAAAGCAGAUAAGAAUGCUAAAGCAGAAAAAAAUGAUAAAGACGAUAAAAAAAUUGAAAACAAAAUUUUCCUUACUGAUGAUACAAGUAAUGUCUUAAUUAGUAAAAGAUCUCGUAUUAUUAAACGAAAAAUUAUUUGGGAUCCAUCUUUAAAAGCACCCACAUAUGUAUUACCAUCUGUCGCCAAAGGUAAAGUACAAAAACCUAAAAAUGUAAAACAUUUGAUAUCGAAGAAAAAAUUAAAAUCAAUUGGUAAUGCAAUAAUUAAGGAUAAAGACGAAUCCGUGAAGGAUGAAAAUGAUGAUUCAGAAAAAAAAGAGAAUAUUAAAGAGAAUAAUGUAAUAAGUAAUGAUACUGUUGAUAAAACAGAGGACAUAAAAGAAGAAACUGAAGAAAGCAGUUCUCCAAAUGUGACACCAAAUAAACGAAAAGUCGAAUCUGUAACAUCAACUUCAUCAUCAGGUGGGACACCACAAGCACGUAAAAAGAAAUUCAAAUACAUGUCAGAAAUUGAUAAAUUGUUAAUGGAUGAAGGUGCAGUUAAUAUGUUGUAUUCUGUGGAGCAGGAUGAAAAAACACCGUUGGUACGUAGACAACAACGUGUCAUAUCAUUGGAUAAAUUCGAUAAGGAGAUUGCUAAAAAGAAAAAAAUGAUUCUGUCUGCAUUAAAUACAUCACCAGAAACAGCUCCAAAAGCAUUACGAAAGAAAGAUUCUAGCGCGACACCACCUGUUCGUAAAAAAUCACGUGAUUCAAUUCGUAGUUCUAUACAAUCACCACCACCUUCUCCAAAUUCAAUGUUUCCACCACGUGCUGAAGCUUCACGUAUCAUACGUCGACAUUCGAGCUCAAGUUCAUUUUCUAGUGAAUGUAUGAGUCCUCGACGUUUAAGUGUAGUUGAUGCGCCGACCUUACCUGUUGGCAAUGAAAAAAUUAAAAAAACAACCACAUCCGAAGAUGGAUUUAAAAUUACAACACAAAAACAAACAAAAAAAGAAAAUUCUACGAUAGUAGCAACAUCACCAACAAAGAAAAUGCGUAUUAUGAAAAUUGUACAGCCACGUAAUUUACGCCGUCGAGGUGGUGUUCCUAUUUUUAUUAAAAAGAAUAAAACAAAUAUAUAUCCAACGGGUACAAAAUCAAAAUAUCUUCUUAAGAAAAUUGAAAAUAAAAUUGAUGGGAAGACAGAUGAAAAGGAAGAAUCUGAACAAAAACAAGAAAAAAAUUCUACAGAGACUGAAAAUAACGUAGUAUUAAGAAGUGCCGUACAACCGAAAACAUCGAAAAAAGAAACACCGAUUAAAAGUUCUAGUCCAACACCUGAAUCAUAUCAAAAUAUUGUUAAAAGUUUAGAUAGUAAUGAAAUUUCAAAGAAGAAGGACGGUACUGGUGGAGAUGUUGAGAAACAAAGGACAAGUAGUCGACAAAAUGCUGGCACAUAUAAUUAUAAAGAAAUAAGUGUUCGAAAGUAUGAUGAAUUAGUACAAAUUAUUUUUACACCACAAUCAUCAACAAAAAUGAAAAAUUCAUUAAAUAUACAGACGAUGCGUGAAUUUUGUGAUGCAUUAGCAACAUUAAAGAAAGAUUCCAGUUGCAAAGUUUUGUUAAUAACAUCAACAGGGAGUGUAUUUUGCCGAGGGCUAGAUUAUACACCACUAAUCCAACAAAAUAUGGAAAAACGUAAAACAAUUGCGCAAGAAACGGCAAAUGCUGUUAAAGAGUUUGUACGUGCCAUUGUACAAUUUCCACGUCCAGUAAUAGCUGGUGUACAGGGUGCUGCAUCUGGUCUUGGUGUUGCAAUACUUCCAUUGUGUGAUUUAGUAUUUGUAUCAGAUAAAGCUACGUUUUCAAUGAAUCAGUGUAAAUUGGGCUGUUUACCCGAAGGAGCUGCAAGUGUAUCAUUACCACAUGUUACAUCUCAUGCUGUUGCAGCUGAAUUAUUAAUAGCUGGUCACACUUUAACUGCAAUGGAAGCAUUAAGACAUGGACUUGCAUCCAGAGUACUGUGGCCUGAAGGCUAUUUCCAAGAAUUAAUUCCAUUGUGUAAGGCAAUUGCUUCACAAUCUUCACAAUCAAUGGAUACAACAAAACUAUUAAUACGUCAUUCAUUAUCAUUAAAACUGGAUGCAGCACUUGACUCAGAAUCACACAUUUUGGCACAGCAUUGGGUGAGUUCUGAAUGCCAACAAUUACUGAAGAAAUUCGUGGAACAACAGGAUUAAAUAAGUUUUGUGUAAAAAAAAAAAUAAGCGACCAAAAUACGUGUUUUUGUUUUUUUUUUUCUUUUUUUUUUUUUAAUUUAAAGCGACAGCGAUUUAAUCCGUCGAAAAAAACAUUUCUCGAUAUACACAAUAUGUUGAAGACUCAUUCCGGUUCAUUUUUUCAAUAAAUAAAUUUGUUUUCUUUUUCCAAAUAAUGGAUUUGUGUUACGUAGUUUGUGAAUAAAUUAAUAUUGAAAAAUUUCUG